AUGGAGAAAUCACUGGAGGUUGUUACGCUACAAGGGCCAUUGAAACUGGAUCCUGAAUGCUUCGGUUACUGGAAAGUCUCGAUCCAGCAGGUCAUCUCAAGCAUUGACAUGGAAGCUUGGUUUGCAGUGGAGGAUGGUUGGACUCAUCCAAAUGAGAAGAAUGAAGAUGGUGAAUUGGUGCAAAAACAUAGAAAGAAGUGGACAGCUGAAGAAAAGGCUGAGGCCAAACACAAUUCGCAGGCAUUGUCGGUCAUCUUCAAAUCUCUGCCGAGAGAUAUCUUCAACCAAGUUCAAGGUUGUGUGUCGGCUAAAGAGGCGUGGGACAUUCUUGUCGUGACUUUUGAAGGAACUUGUAGAGUUAGGCGCACAAGGCUGGACAAUCUUGCGUCAGACUUUGAGAAUCUACAAAUGACUGAAACUGAAUCUGUGGCAGACUAUAGUAGCCGGUUGAGUGGUAUUGCUCAAGAGUCUGCAAUUGAUGUGUCUCUUAAUCCUGAUGAGCUCAAGUACAAUCAGGUCAUUGGGAUGAUGCAGGCUUUUGAGAUGCAACUAAAGAAGAAAGAGAAAAUGAAUGCUAAGUCAUUUGCUCUUAAAGCUGCAGAAGAACAGAAGCUUGUUCAAUCGCAGGAGCUUGAAGAUGAAGAGAAGGUUGGUCUGUUGGUUAAGAAGUAUUUUCGCAAGAUUGAAAGAGAUAACAAAGGUGAAAUUCUGAACAACUUUGUGGCUCUGCUGGGAGUAAUCGAGAAAGAUGAAGAAGAUGAAGUUCUAUUGUUGAAAGAAGACAUUGACAAGAAAAUUGAGUCAGACUCAGAUGGGGAGGAGGCUGGCUUGUCAAUGGAAGAUCAGAUAAGUCUUCUUAUUCAGACGAUUGUGCAAAAGACUCAAGAUAACAGUGAGUUGUCUGCCGAAAGAAAUACGCUUCAGAUGAACAUUGCAAUGUUGUCUAAGGAACUGAGUGAAGAAAAAGCCAAGUCUCUGCGUCUUGAGAAGCAAUUGGAAGAACAGCUGAAGAGCAUCAGGAUGCUGAGUAAAAGAACUAAAGAUCUAGACUUCUUGCUCAAUACUGGACAAUCAAGCACUGCAAAGUAG